AAUUAAGAUGGCUAGGCUACUUGUUUACUGCUGAGGAUGUCUCAGAGUUGUAAUGUGUGGUAUUAUUUGGAGGGGGCCUGAAUUCUGUAUGGUUCUUUUGAAACAUCUGGAAUGUGCAUGGUUAGAGGGGCCAUUUGCUUGACCUAGAUAAGGCUCCAGUAGCAACUCCCCACGGUCCUUUCAGAUCAGGAAAUUGCACACAGGGCACAGUGUGCUCUGCACAUUGCAGUCCUGAUCUAACUUGGUCCUUUGAAUGCUUAGCAAUUAAGUUCCAAACACAAAACUCCCAGCACACACAUCAUCAUGACCACAGCAGACAUGACGUUAGGGCAAUGUAACAUAUAGUUAGAUAAAGAGAAGCAGAGAGACAUGGUUGUUGCAAGUUGCCCGAGAGUCUUUGCAAGUUAUAGAAUCUUUUCAGUGAUCUAAUGAAGGGGUACACCUGUAAAUAAAGCAAAUAGUACAACAAUGUAGUACUACAGAGUCUCCUGAAUGUGGGGAUGUUUGACCUGGUGGUCUAAGCCUUAUUUUGGGGUGCAGCACUUUUUCAAUUAUCCCCAUAUGUGGUUGAUUUGCAAACGGGGAACUAGGAACUGCAGAUAAGGAACUGGGAACCAACUUCAGCCUUGUGGCCCAGUGUUAGAAACUGAAAGUCCAAAGGAGUAAAUGCAAGGAGGCUUGACCUCUUCGCAGUAUCUUUGAGAAGAAGAAAACCACUAACAAGCCCUUUUCAAUCCUAGCGGGAAACUGGCUGGUCUCCCGCACCUGUCAAAAAUAGCAAAGCGUGCAGAACGGCAAUACCAGGCGCUAUUUUGAAGCCAAGAAGGGUUGCUUCAGCAGCCAAUGACUCAGAAAUCUGGGAGAGGCUAAAGUGCAUUUGGCUAAGUGUUCCCACAGUUGCAUCAUGGAAAAUAAAAGAGGAUCGUCAACCCGGCAAUAGCUGGCAGUGAAACUCUUUGAUCGAGAUGGAUCUUUUGAGAAUCUUGCUCCUGGUGCGUUGCACGGUUACUGCUGCAGUCACAGGCUCCUUUUGGCACAUUACUGACCUCCAUCUGGAUCCCCACUACAAAGCAGUGCAGGACCCCUUGGGGGUGUGCCCAUCUGCCGGCUCCCAGCCAGUGCCCAGUGCAGGGUCUUGGGGCGAUUACUUAUGCGACGCUCCCUGGAUUCUCAUAAACUCUUCCGUCUAUGCCAUGAAGAACAUCCUCCCUGACCCAGACUUCAUUCUCUGGACUGGGGAUGAUACUCCACAUGUUCCUAAUGAAAAACUGAGUGAAGAAGCUGUGCUGGACAUAAUUAAACGACUAACUGACCUGAUCAAACAUGUCUUUCCAGACACUCAGGUUUAUCCUGCAAUGGGCAACCAUGACUACCACCCCAAAAACCAGUUUCCAGCUGAAAACAACAAGAUCUACAACAGUGUGGCAGAACUGUGGCAUCCGUGGCUGAGCAACUCCUCUGUGCUUACGUUCAAGGAAGGUGCUUUCUACAGCGAGAAACUGUCCGGUUCUGGCCCGACGAGGCGGAUGAUUGUCCUCAACACAAACCUGUAUUAUGAGAAUAAUAAUCAAACCAUCAGCUUGGCAGAUCCUGGCGGGCAGUUUAAGUGGCUGGAAGAGACACUUACCGAUGCAUCGAAAGCAGGAGAAAAGGUCUAUAUUAUCGGACACGUCCCACCUGGCUUCUUUGAAAAGAAGCGAGGAAAGCCCUGGUUUCGAGAGCACUUUAACCAACGAUACACAGAAAUCAUCGAGAAGCAUCAUGGAGCGAUUGUGGCGCAGUUCUUUGGGCAUCAUCACACAGAUAGCUUUAGGAUGUUUUACAGUAACGGAGGCUCUCCAAUAAGCGUCAUGUUUUUAGCUCCAGCAGUCACACCCUGGAAGACAACUUUGCCUGGGGUGCACAAUGGAGCCAACAACCCCGGCAUCCGGGUCUUCACGUAUGACCAAGACACCCUGCUGCUGAAGGACAUGGUGACUUAUUAUUUAAACCUCACCCAUGCUAACUUGGUGGCCCCAAAAUGGGAGAAAGAGUACAGCCUGACAGACGCUUUCCAAGUCCCUGACGGUUCGGUCCAAUCCAUGCAUCUGGUGCUAGAGAAACUCACGAAGCACAACAGCUACCUUCAGCAGUACUACCGGUAUAAUUCUGUUCAGUAUGAUCUUACGGACUGCGACCACAGCUGCCAGACCGACCAUAUCUGUGCCAUCCAGGAAGUCGACUUUGCAAAAUACGACCAGUGUAUUAAAGCCAGAAGCGCCGCAGCAGCAUCCUCAACUCCACCAUGGGGCCUGCUCUUCUUUUGCUCAGCUGUGGGCCUCAUUACACUCAAACUCUGGGGUAUCUUGAACAACAGAAAUGAGGCAGGACUGUGAAGAUUCUGCACAAUUCAACACUCACCGUUAAAGCAGAUGACUAGCUCCCUCAUCUUUGCAAAAAUUGGUUUGAAAGUGUGUGUCUUAUCAUUUGGAGAAAUCACAGAAUUUGGAUGGGAACUGAGUAAGAUUCACGACUGAGGGAGCAGGGAUUGCUGCAGUACUAGAAUUCACAGAAGACAUGCAUAUUCAGUUGAUUGGUGUAUAAUGACAGAUUUGGGUCAUGAUCCCUCCCAGAUAAAACCCAUUGAUAUCCUGGGAUGGAGGCUAAGAAAUGAAGAUGUGUAUGUUGUAAACAAUACAAAGAGUUACAAGUGUUAUAAUAUUUUCAGAUCAAGCACUCUAUUCCUCAGUAUAUGAUGAUAGACCUUUUAAAAAAUCAGUGAGAAAAUACCAAACAGUUGCCUGAAUACCGAAUCUAAGAUAGCAAUCGUAUGAAGGUCUACUCAGAAUCCUACUCAGGUCUAGUCAAUGGACCUGACUCCCAGGAAAGUGUUCUUAGGAUUGCACUGCAUAUUGUACAACUUUUUUGUUGCUCUCAAACUUCCAAUAAAUCAAAAGGCAGCAAUUUUGUAAUAUUCAUGUCCAAUAUUGUCUGACUGUGAGCCAAGCUACAAGUGAUAGAUUACACUUGCCUGGCAAGUGAACAGACUCACGUGUAUUCCUCCCUGUUCACUUGCGCUCCACUUGAUCAAGUGGAGCGCAAGUGAAUAGCACUUGCACUUGAUCAAGUGGAGCGCAAGUG